AUGGCAAUUGACACCAUAACCAAGGCUCGCGCCAUUGUCAACUCCAAGUUGGACGAGCUAAGCCCAGGUUUGCACCAGGUGAACAAAACGCUUCAUGCAAACCCGGAGCUAGCAUACAAGGAAUUUAUUGCCCACGGCACAAUCACCGCAUACCUAGAGAAGCUUGGUUUCAAGGUGAAGAAGAAUGCCUGGGGAUUAGCAACAAGCUUUGAUGCCUCUAUCGGCUCUGGAGACAAGCAAGUUAUUUUCUGUGCAGAAUACGAUGCACUUCCGGGAAUUGGCCACGCCUGCGGCCACAACCUCAUUGCAACUUCAUCCAUCGGAGCGUUCCUAGGCGCAGCGGCAGCCAUGUCAUCUCUUGACAUUGGCGGUCGUAUUAGACUUCUCGGAACCCCAGCAGAAGAAGCCGGCGGAGGCAAACAGGAUCUCAUCGAUGCGGGUGCCUUCAAUCCGCCAGAGAGCGUCCUCGCUGCCAUCAUGGCUCACCCCAUGCCGAAGAGCCACGUGUCCAGCGAUGACUAUUCUGGCUUGGCUGGAAUGAAACUCAUUGCCUGCCAAGGCGCACACGUCGAGUUCAAGGGCCGCACGGCACACGCAGCUGGAGAGCCGUGGAACGGUGUCAAUGCCCUGGAUGGCGCUGUCGCCGCGUACAACAACGUGUCUCUUAUGAGGCAGCAGAUGCACACUGAGGACAGAGUACACGGCAUUUUCGAGGUAGGCGGUACGGUACCGAAUGUGAUUCCCGAUUACACACGCAUGAACUGGGCAAUCAGGAGCCCAACGGCAACGGGAUGCGACAAGCUCAUGGAGCGGGUGACCAGGUGCUGGGAGGCCGGCGCCUCUGCUGCAGCUUGCGAAAUGACAAUCACAAAGGAGCACAAUUACUUGAACCUCAGAGCUAAUGAUAGCCUCUGCCAAACGUAUGUCGACGAAAUGGCCUCAUUCGGGGAAAAGGUUCUUUUAAAAAUGGACAAAGCGUUUAAUGCGUCAACUGACAUGGGAAACGUGUCACACUAUGUUCCCAGCUUUCACGGUGGCAUCGGAAUUCCCGCGGAGCCUGGAGUUGCCAUGCAUAAUCCGCGAUUCGCCGAUGCCGCUGGCACUGAUGAAGCACAUGCAGCCGCUAUCCAAGCAGCAAAGGGAAUGGCUAUGCUUGGAUUAAGGGUGCUCUUAGACAGUGAGGUUGCUGGCAAAGCGCGCGUAGAUUUCGACAAGACGGAUGAAUAG